CGCACACAUACACCCUCCACCCACACGGAUACGAGUUGGAGUUGGAGUUGAAGGAGAAGAAGCGGAAGGUUGAGUUUAAGGGGUAGCUUGCCUUGUAGCUUGGCUUUGAUUUUUUGGCCGUGAGGACAGGAUUGUCGAGGGUGAGGGAGCAGCUGUUGAAACUGGAAGCAGGGUAGUGGUCCAUCGAGAGGAGAGUGAAGAGCAGGCAUGGCGGAGUCCGGUUCUGGGGGCCAGGGUCAGGGCGAGAAGCUGCAGUACUUCCAGGAUGUGACUGGGGUGGAUGAUCCCUUGCUGGCAGAGCAGAUUCUUGAUGCGCAUCAGUGGGAUCUUGGUGCGGCUGUGGGCACCCUCAUGGACAAAGCGGGAGAUGGAGGUCCUAGAGCAGAUACUGGCAGAGGAACCUCCAGUGAUUGGGACUUACCGGAUGAGACUACUGGUCUGCUAGAAAGGGGACUCGUACCAACCUCUGUGAACCCCGCCCAUCAUGGACCUUCGGAGGUGUUUGGAUCACAGGCGUCGAGAUCAAAUUAUGAUAGAUAUCAGGGGUCUCCUCCGAGUUUUGAAGGGCCUGGGGAGUAUCAUGGUACACUACCUAUUGUUCGCAACCGGCCAGGACCUCAUGUUGUGUGGAGAGUAGUUGCCCUGCCCUUCUCAAUUAUACGAGGAAGUUUCAAUCUUGUAUACGGUGCUGUAGGUCUUGGAAUGUGGAUUGCAGGAGGGGUGGUUAAUUUUGGACUGGGAGCGUUGGGGUUGAAUGGGUCAGAGCGGCGAGGGGAUCAGGGCUCAUCUGUUCCAUCCGGAACCGCCGAGGCGGAAGCAUUUUUGCGGAAGUUUGAGCAGGAGUAUGGUGUCGUUCAUCCUAAUUUUCAGAGGACCAGUUUUAUGGAUGCCCUGCGUCUUGCUGGUCAACAGUUUAAAUUCCUCUUUGUGUAUUUGCACUCCCCUGAGCAUGCGAACACGCCCUUGUUUUGUGAGAGGACGCUGUGUUCGGAGCCCGUAGUUCAGUUCGUGAAUGAAAAUUUUGUGGCUUGGGGAGGGGACGUGCGAGAAAGCGAGGGAUUCCAAAUGAGCAAUAGCCUCAAGGCAUCCACCUACCCUUUUUGUGCUGUUGUAAUGGGUUCAAACAAUCAGCGAAUUGCUCUUCUUCAGCAGGUCGAGGGUCCCAGGACAGCAGAAGAGUUAAUGUCCACAUUGCAGAGAGUGGUCGAGGAACAAGGUUCAGUCCUUGUGGCAUCUCGUGUUGAGGAAGAGGAGCGGCAACUUAACCGUCGUUUGCGUGAGGAGCAAGAUGCAGCUUACCAAGCUGCGUUGCAAGCUGAUCAGGAGAGAGAGCGGCUAAGACGAGAAGAAGCUGCACGGCAAGCCAGGGAGGAGGCGGAAGCAGAGCAGAGGAAGAGGGAGGAGGAAGAAGCUGCUCGACGGGCUGUUCAAGAAGCUGCAGAAAGAGAAGCAGCCUUGGAGCAACGAAGACUUGAGAAAGCCAUGGCUCUGGGUGUAGAACCUGAGAAAGGGCCUGACGUUACUCAGGUGUUAGUACGCAUGCCUAACGGUGAAAGGAGAGAGCGACGGUUUCAAAACUGUACCAAGGUGUCUGCAAUCUACGAUUAUGUUGAUUCGUUGGGUACACUGGAGGCCGUCAAAUACAAUUUGGUGACCAACUUUCCUCGCGUCGUCUAUGGACCAGAGAAGCGCGGUCAAACCCUCAAAGAUGCUGGGUUGCACCCACAUGCCAGUCUCUUUGUUCUAGUGGAGGAUAACUAGGACCUAUAUAUGUAGUACAACUAUGUUUUUAAGGAUGCAAACUCUCUUCCCCAAAACCUCCUAUUUUAGAUUGCCUGGUAGUUUAUCUUGGGCACAAGCAGAGGUGUUUUCCAGUAUUUUUCCCAUUCCAUCACAGAAUAUUGCGAUGGACUCCCUUGCACUCGGCUGAAUUUCAUUUAUCGCUUGUCCCUCGGGCAUAAUCUAGGUCAUCUAGCGUCUUCGUUAGGUACUUCUCCACGAGUUGCUUAUUCCUAGUCAUUCUUGCAGUCCUUGAUCAGAAUCAAGCAUUCUAAUCUGUGACUUGACUCUAGAUAUGUUUAGUUAUAGUUGCAACAUUCCGUAGACUUUGGGUAAGCGUCUAUUUUUUCUCUUUAAUGCGGGCUCUUGUCCUGGCGAGCUAGAUUUCUUCUAUGUCAGUUAUGAUAACUGUCCGCAUCAUUGUACACAAAUAAUAAUAAUAUGGCUGAGGUUUGCAUUGCCGCCCCGUUGGUGAUGCACCAUUGUUGCCAUGGGUUUGUCAA